AUGUCAUGUAUCGAGGAGAUUGAUGACUCGUUAGACAUAGUAUGUUUUACUGAGACAUUAGAGAAAGAGAUAAAAGAGAGAAUGAAUUGGAAGAAAGAGAUAGAACAUAUUGUUGCAAAUGAAACAAUUGAUCCAGAAGGAGCUAUUCAAAAAUAUAAAUCAUUGAUUACAGAACAAACACCAGAUGAUAUUAAAGAAGAAGCAAUUCAUAAAUUAGCACAAUUACUUGUAAAGGUUGGCCGUGCACAACAAUUACCAGAGUUACUUAAAUCAAUUAGACCAUUCUUUGAAAAGAUAUCAAAGCCAAAGACUGAUAGAAUCGUUAGAAACUUUAUCGACUAUGCAUCACAAAAGAAGGGUAACGAAAAGUUACUUAUCGAAUUUUGCAAGGAAAGCAUUCAAUGGUGUAAAGAUACCAAUAGAACUUAUCUUCGUCAAAGAUUAGAAGCUAAAUUAUAUUCAUUAAUGUUUGAAGUUGAAGAUUAUAAUACAGCAUUACAAGGAUUAACAACAUUAUUAUCAGAGAUUAAGAGACUUGAUGAUAAACCAUUGUUGGUAGAGAUUCAAUUGAUUGAGAGUCGUAUUCAACAUGCACUCAAGAAUAUUGCAAAGGCUCGUGCUGCUCUUACUUCUGCACGUACCAAUGCAAACACUAUCUAUUGUCCACCAAGAUUACAAGGUGAAAUCGAUAUGCAAUCUGGUAUUCUCCAUUCUGAAGAAAAGGAUUACAAGACUGCCUAUUCCUACUUUUAUGAAUCAUUUGAAACUUAUGAUACCCUUGAAGAUCCAAUUGCUACAAAGGCUCUUAAAUAUAUGUUAUUAUGUAAAAUUAUGACUAAUCAUACCGAUGAUGUAUUUGCAUUGAUUAAUGGUAAAAUUGGAUUAAAAUAUGUUGGAAAGGAAAUUGAAGCCAUGAAGGUUGUUGCCAAAUCACAUGCUGAUAGAUCAUUAUUGGCAUUUGAAAAUGCUACCAAAGAAUAUUCUGUUGAAUUAAAUGAUGAUGUAAUUAUAAAGGCACAUAUUAGUGAAUUAUAUAAUAAUUUACUUGAACAAAAUCUUUGCCGUAUCAUUGAGCCAUUCUCUAGAGUUGAAAUCUCUCACAUUGCAAAAUUACUCAACCUUCCAGUUGCCACUGUCGAAAGAAAGUUGUCAUUGAUGAUUUUGGAUAAAAAGUAUCAUGGUAUUUUGGAUCAAGGAACUGGAACUUUAAUUGUUUUUGAUGAAUCAAAGACAAAUAAAUUAUAUCCAACAUCACUUGAAACUAUCAACUCUUUAAACAAAGUGGUUGGAUCAUUCAAGGGAGGGGUACAUUACAUACAUUACGAAUUUACGAUCAUGUUUACAACAAGAGCAUUGAAAUCUAUAGAUUGUCCAUUUGGUAUGCAAUGCUCGUUUGGAGGUGUAUGCUAUUUCAAUCAUGAAACUAUACUAGCUGGAGAGACAAACAAUGCUUUGUUUAAAUUAUUUGAGUCUCUUGCAAAAAAGGACCAACUAUUACAAAAACAAGAACAACAACAACAACAAGAUAAAUUUUCUCCUACAUCUUUAAAUGUACAAUCUUCACCUCAUCAACAAACAUCAACUACAAUGUUAUCACCAAAUCAAGGUAAUAAUAAUGGUAUUUUUCAAGGUAGUAAUACGCAACAACAUCAACAACCACAACCUCUACCAUUUUAUAAUAAUUAUCCACAACAACAACCACAGCCACAACAACCAUUUAAUCAACAAUAUUAUGGUAAUAAUUAUUAUGGAAAUCAACCACCAAUGGCUCAACAACAACAACCUUACCAACAACCUCAAUAUAUGCAAUAUCAACAACAACCAUAUCAACAACCACCACCACCACAACCACCUCAAAUAUCACCUCCAUUUGUUCAAUACCAACAACCACCUCAACAACCUCAAAUAUCACCUACACCUCCUCCUCCAUUUAUUCAAUACCAACAACCUCCUCCACCACAACAACAACCAAUUUCCAAUAUUUAUCCUACUACUACUACUACUACUACUUCAAUUGAAGAUCCAAGAUUAAAAAAACAACAACAACAACAAACAAACAAACAAGAUAUUUCUGCAGAAUUUAAUAUAAAGGAUAUUUUAACCGAGGCAUUAUUAAAAAACAAAGACUCUAAUACUUCAACGCCAAUACCAUCGGCCACUGUUGUAAAUGAUUCAGCAUUUCAAUCUAGUGGAUUUGAUGAUAAUGUUUAUUGGUCAGAUGUAGAUGAUAAUGAUACUACAACUGAAGAAGAUGAACCAAACAACAAAAAGGAUAAAGAUGUUGUCAUGCAAGAAGAUUCAAACAAGAAAAGAAAAGCAUCACCCAAAAAGACAUCAAAGAAUGCACCUAAAAAACCUUCUCAAAAGGCAAAGAAACCAGCUCCUGCAGGAGUAGCAACACCUGCUGCCAUUCCAAUACCAGCAGUUGAACCUUUACCAUCACAACAAAAGAAACAUGUUAGAUUUAAUGAAAAUGUUUCAAGCAAGGAGAUUGACGAUUCUCUAUCAAAUGGUGGAGGUGCAACUUCAACUGCAUUACCUCCAAAGAAAUUAUUCCAAUUACAUCAUCAACAACAACAACAACAACAGCAACAACAGCAACAACAACAACAACAUGCUACACCAACACCUACACCUACACCUAUACCUACACCAACUAUUCCAUCUGUUACACCGGUAGCAGCAGCACCAACAUUAAUUUCAAAAUUAAAAACAUCUAUAUAUAAUCCAUCAUUAAAGAAUAUUGCAACACAAGAACCAAGUCAAGAAGUCAAACAUGCAUUGGAAGACAAGGAUCUAUUUGAAAGUGCUUCUUGGUAUUCAAAAGGUUUGGAACCAUCUCAAUUACCAUUUAUUCCAACAGAUACAAGAGCAAGAGUUCCAAAAACUGUUAGACAAGCCAUAUUUGGUGAUUGUAUCAAAUGA